AUGUUCGUCGUCGCUCAUUUGGCCGCUAAUGAGCACCGCGUGCAGGGGAGGGAAGAUGAUUGGAGGGCCAUUCUUAGGAGGCUGGAUAAAGAUGAGAGGAGCUUGUCGAGGGGGGCCGAGCCGGUUAUUCCAGUCCCGUUGUUUCAUCGCUAUGAGCAUGUCUUCGUCCUGGGAGACCUCAACUAUCGCAUUGAACCCCCGGGUACGGAUCAUGCGGAGAGGGUCAAGUGGGUCCGUCAGAAGAUUGCAAACAGGGAUUGGCACGCCCUGGUUGAUGCCGAUCAGCUCAUGAGGGAGAAGAUGGGCGAUAAGGUCUUUGCCAACUUUCAGGAGGCCGAUAUCCACUUUCCCCCGACCUUUAAGAUCGACCCCAAGACCGCUCAGUACAGCACCAUCCGCGUCCCGAGUUACUGCGACCGCAUCCUGUGGCACUCGCUUCCCGGUCGCAUCGACCUCGUCAAGAGCCUGCGCUACACCUCGCUAACGGACUUCAAGCAAAGCGACCACAUCCCCUUGUACGGCGAGUACGAGCUUCGCGUCCCGUUCGUCGUCGCCCCGGACCGCCCCCUCAAUGCCUUAAAGGGCAAGCGUCUCGUCCUCGAGUUCAUGCUCGUCCGCUUUGUGAAGGGCCCGGGCAAGUUUGCCGACCGCAUCUCCUUCACAGACGGGCCCCCCUCCAUGCGCCGCAUCUACGAGCCGGGAACCCUACGCAUCCCGCCGAUACCUCCCACCACAGAUGGCCUUGACCAUGCCAGGUUUCUUCGCACCUUCAUGGGCCGUGACGAGGAUGACGACACACCCCUCCUUCCUUUGGACGAAGUCCCCGACGACGACGACGACGACGACGAGGAGGACGACGACGACGAUGACGACGACGACGACGACGACACCACCGUCUCCUCAGACGCCGAGGACAACUGCUUCUACCCCAGGGUGGACGAGAACGUCCGCGACAGCUACAACUCGUACGGCGACCCGCCCCCCGGCGUCGAGGCGGAAGACCUGCGCAAUUUUGGGAGCCCGCUUGUCAGCAGCGACGAGCCCCGUCCGGAAGCCCCGCUGCUGCGCGACGCCUUCCGGCAUAUUUCUCUUGACACGAGCGAGUCUGCGUUCGGAGACGGCAGCUCGAUGCCAAACUCGCCCUUCCCGCACGCGCAUCCACGCAACUUUCUCGACGGCUUUCACACCGCCCCGAGGAGUGCCCCGAGGAGCGCCCCGACCACUCCGUCUACGAGCCGCGACUCCCAACGACCUAUCGCGCACGCCAACAGCGGGCCGCGGAAGCGCGACUCGCUCUCCAAGCAUGUCGAGAACAAUACACAGAACAAAAAGGUCAAGAAGCGCCGAAGACUCAACGGCAUGCGCAUGGAAGUUCACGGCCAGGGGUUGUUUUUGAAGCAAGGACGGGUGUAUCGCGUCAGCAUUCCCAAACGCGUCAAUGGCGCCCGGGAACGCAUCGGCGAAUCGCUCCCGGUCAUCCCUCUCCUGCCAAUAGAGAAUUUGGCAGAGCUCCAGUAUCGGCACGUCUUGGUCGAGUUUGCGAAAAAGAAGACGCGCGUUGGCACAUCGGGUGCUCUGGCAUUACGUGAACUUUUGGACUACAUUGGACGGCCGUUCGCCUUUGAGCUCAGCCUCACCAAGUACGGGCACCCCGUCGGUAUUCUUGAAGCAUGCGUACAGCUCACGGUGAGCGAUUCCGACUUGUGGGUGGACGCCAAGGGGAGGGUUGUGAGAAAUUGUGACGGAACGGCGCGCAGGUUUUACCGAGGCGUGCUUCCCGUGCGGAAGAAAACCAGGGCCAGAUCCAAGGCCGGCGGCAAGAGAUCAUAGCAGUGCACGCGCGGGCCUCCCACACCUUUUUGCUUGGCCUUUUGUGCGCACUGGGAGAGUGCCCGUGCAUUGCAUCGAGGGUUGUAUCUGUGGGAUACCUGCACACGAAAACAGGUAACGUAGCGUAGCGUAGUGGUCAAUCUCACGGCUUCAGGUCGCGGUUGUAAAAGAUAUCGAAAACGU